UCGGAUUCGUUAACCACUGAGCCAUGACAGGAACUCCUAAAUAACAUUUUUAAAUGAAAAAUAACCACGUUUUCCCAAAUGAAAUGCUGGAAACAUGGCAUCGUCUUUUGGCACAUCCCUCACUGUCUAGAACAGCUGGAUUCUUACAUCUGCCUUUGCUGUGCACCUGUGACCUCUGUUGGGCGCCACCUUACACUCAGGAGAGGAUGACAGUGAAAGAGGCCAGUGACCUUCUGUGUUAGUAGGCGCUGCAGUCUCGCAGGCCCCAUGGAGGUCCUGGCCAUGCAGCCCGUGAAGCAGGAGUGCCAGGCCACCGAGGGCCUGACCCUGGACUCGCCGUGGCACCGCUUCCGCCAUUUCCAUUUGGGUGACGCUCCGGGCCCCCGCGAGGCGCUGGGCCUGCUGCGCGCCCUGUGCCGGGACUGGCUGCGGCCCGAGGUCCACACCAAGGAGCAGAUGCUGGAGCUGCUGGUGCUGGAGCAGUUCCUGAGCGCCCUGCCUGCCGACCUCCAGGCCUGGGUGUGCAGCCGGCAGCCCCAGAGUGGGGAGGAGGCCGUGGCGCUGCUGGAGGAGCUCUGGGGACCAGCGGUGAAGGCCCCUCGGGAUGUGACGGAAGACCCCGGGGUCGGCGUGGGAAAGGAAGAUGGUGGGGUGACGCCAUUAGGAGACGCGGCCCCCGGGGCUGAGGAACCGGCGACGGGGGACGCCCAGGCUGCGCGGCCCUACAAGCAGGAGCCGGGCAGCCCCCCGCUGGCCCCGCCGGCCCCGCCAGCGCCGGGCCUGCCUGCCUUCCUGGCGGCGCCGGGCUCCGCGUCCUGCCCCGAGUGCGGCAAGGCCUCGCUGAAGCCAGCGCACCUGCUGCGUCACCGGCAGAGCCACACGGGGGAGAAGCCGCACGCCUGCCCCGAGUGCGGCAAGGCCUUCCGGCGCAAGGAGCACCUGCGGCGCCACCGCGGCACGCACCCCGGCAGCCCGGGGCCGGCCCUGCGGCCGCUGCCGGCCCGCGAGAAGCCGCACGCCUGCUGCGAGUGCGGCAAGACCUUCUACUGGCGCGAACACCUGGUGCGCCACCGCAAGACACACUCGGGCGCGCGGCCGUUCGCCUGCUGGGAGUGCGGCAAGGGCUUCGGGCGCCGCGAGCACGUGCUGCGCCACCAGCGCAUCCACGGGCGCGCGGCCGCGGGCGGCGCGGGCGGGGCCGCGGCACCCGGCCCCGAGGGCGGGGGCCCGUUCCCGCCGUGGCCGCUGGGGUAGUCUCCGCCUCGCCGUCCAGCCCUUCCUGUCUCCACGACGCCUCCCUAGUCCAGACCUCCAGGCGCGCUAGCGCGCUCUGUUCCUCCCGCAUCUCACGUGACGGUCCACUUUUUUCCUGUUCGGACCUACCCCGUGUUCGCAGCCUUUCCCACCCUGUAGAAGGAGCCGCCGCAGCCCUCCCUCUCCCAUCCCUCUCCACCCACUCCCUCCCCGGGCUGGGGAGCCAGCAAGACGCGGCCUGGAGCCGGGAAUUGGAGUACAGGGCAGAAGCAGCAGGCAGGGGCCCCCUGCUGAAGGCAAGGGACUGGGUCAUGUUCCCAGGAGGGCCCCCCCCCCCAGGACACACUGGGGGACAGGGAAGGGGUGACGGCUCUUACAGGACAGAUCCGAGUUCUGGCAGUGGGUUCCCCGGUCUGGCUCCUCUCUGCAACCCAGGAAGGUGCAAGAUGAACAGAGAUGCCUGCUCCAGGGAAGUGGUCAGAGACGACUGUUCACCAGCAACUGGAAAGUAAUAAAGUCACUGAUAAGUUGUGCAGA